AUGAUACACGACAAGCGCGGAGGAGACUCCGGCGGCGGUGACGGCGACUGGCACGAAGGCGAGGACCGCCAGGGUCUGCUUGCUGGCGGCGACUACGGCCAUGAUGACGGCGGCAGCAGCAAAGAGGUGGCCGCGCCCAACGGCGGCGAGCUACCGCAGGUUCGCACACCAGGACGGGUGCGCUUCAACGACGUCCCCGAGGUGGUGCGCAUGAGCACCGCUUCCUCGCGGCGAUCCGGCGACAGCCUCGACGGUGUCGACCACGACGACCACGACCCGCGCAGCACGCUCGACCUCGAAGACCCGCUCCGCGACGACCACGACGACCACCGCAGGCCGCUGCUGACGAGCAUCGAGGCGCCGUCGGUCGCGCUCGCCAACGACCUCGACGACGCGGUCGAGCAGGAGCUGCGACGACCGAAAUCCGGCCUGCAAUCCGCCUUUAUGAACAUGGCCAACUCCAUCAUCGGUGCGGGCAUCAUCGGGCAGCCGUACGCGAUCCGCCAGGCCGGCCUGCUCGCGGGCGUGGUGCUGCUCGUCGGCCUCACGGCCGUCGUCGACUGGACCAUCUGCCUCAUCGUCAUCAACAGCAAGCUCAGCGGCACGAGCAGCUUCCAGGGCACCGUGCAGCACUGCUUCGGCCGCGGCGGCCUCAUCGCCAUCUCCCUCGCCCAGUGGGUCUUUGCCUUUGGCGGCAUGGUGGCCUUUGGCGUCAUCGUCGGCGACACCAUCCCGCACGUCCUGCUGGCCGUCUGGCCCGGCCUGCCGGACGUGCCCGUCGUCGGGCUGCUGACGGAUCGCCGCGUCGCCAUUGCCGUCUUCGUUAUGGGCGUCAGCUACCCGCUCACGCUGUACCGCGACAUUGCCAAGCUGGCCAAGGCGAGCACCUUUGCGCUGAUUGGCAUGGUGGUAAUUGUCGCGACGGUGCUGAUCCAGGGCCUGCUGGUGCCGUCAGAGGCCAAGGGCGAGUUUAGCCUGCCGCUGCUGACGGUCAAUACGGGUAUUUUCCAAGCCAUUGGCGUCAUUUCCUUUGCCUUUGUCUGCCACCACAACUCACUCCUCAUCUACGGCUCGCUGCGCACGCCCACCAUUGACAACUUUUCCCGCGUCACGCACUACUCGACCGGCAUCUCCAUGGUAGCGUGCCUGGUGCUCGCGCUCGGCGGCUUCCUCGUCUUUGGCGACAAGACGCUCGGCAACGUGCUCAACAACUUCCCCUCGGACAACACCAUGGUCAACGUCGCGCGGCUGUGCUUUGGCCUCAACAUGCUGACGACGCUGCCGCUCGAGGCCUUUGUGUGCCGCGAGGUCAUGCAGGAGUACUUUUGGCCCGACGCGCCGUUCAACCUGCGGCGGCACCUGGUGCUCAGCACAGGGCUCGUGGCCGCGGCCACGUUUCUGAGCCUGGUGACGUGCGACCUGGGCGCCGUGUUUGAGCUCGUCGGCGCGACGAGCGCUGUGGCUAUGGCGUACAUUCUCCCGCCCAUGUGCUACAUGAAGCUGACGACGCGGAGCUGGCGCACGUACCUCGCUGGCGCCAUUGUCGUGUUUGGCGGGCUGGUCAUGGUGAUUUCGGUCAUUCAGGCCGUCGGGAAGUUGGUGAAUAACACAGACGCUCCGGUAAAAUGCCAAUAA